GGACAUUAGAACGUGUAAAAUGCAUAUUAGUACAUGUAUUUCGCAAUAAAAGUUUAAGUUCGAAAGAAACUAUGUGAUAGGCUGUUAAAAUUUGGAAUUGGCGUGCCUAACAGUAAAACUGGCAUCGAUGUACGACAAACAGCCGACGGGAGCGGAGUAUCCGCCGGCGGGGGACUAUUUGACGAUGUUGUCAAAGUCUACAUAUGACCCUGUCAAAACAGCAUAUGAUCCGACGGGGUAUCCGAUGGCUAGUGUAGCGAGCAUGAACUCUAUGGGAGGUAUGAGUGGCAUGGGAUCGAUCGGAUCUAUGGGCAUGAACAAUAUGAACUAUUCAUCACAGGCUAUCACGGGUAUGGGAGCGCCGCAUGGAUACGGUAUGAGCAUGGCACCAACCGUCGGCAUGCACACCGGAAUGUAUGGAAGUAUGAACACUAUGAACACAAAUGGGCACAUGAGUGGAAUGACAAGCCCAGUGCCUAUGAAUGGAAUGUCAGAUCCCAUCUCUCCAAUGCGAAUGGACUUAAACAGAGCCCAGGCUAUCAACAGAGCACGUGAGAAGACAUACCGCCGGAGUUAUACGCACGCAAAGCCGCCAUACUCGUACAUUUCACUCAUCACCAUGGCUAUUCAACAGUCACCAAAUAAAAUGUGUACGUUGAGUGAAGUAUAUCAAUUCAUAAUGGACUUAUUCCCGUUCUACCGACAAAAUCAGCAACGCUGGCAGAAUUCUAUACGUCAUAGUUUGUCGUUCAAUGACUGUUUUGUGAAAGUUCCCCGAACGCCCGACAGACCGGGAAAAGGAAGUUACUGGACAUUACAUCCCGAUUCUGGGAAUAUGUUUGAAAAUGGUUGCUAUCUAAGACGUCAGAAACGGUUUAAAUGUUUAAAGAAGGAAGAUCUACGAUCAAAAAAUGGUUUAGGGGAAGAUAGUGGUGACGAAGGGCAUUCUGGAGAUGAAGGCGAUAGUGUUUCACAACCAGGGUCUCCAGAGGACCAUCACGCACAAAAUCAUCAACAACUUCAACAGCCGCCGCCACAACCACCCCCUCAACAACAUCACAUGGCGGGUCAACUCGAACCUAUACCUAGCAAAACAGAACCAAACCCAGUUGGAACACCAACGUCUGGAUCAACGCCGGGGCCGGACCUUCGGCAACUCCAACAUCAACACCACGACGUGAUGUCAAUGGGACACGGAUACCCAGGUGUGAAUCCCGCGCACUCAUUUAAUCACCCAUUCUCAAUAAACAGUUUAAUUACAGACAAUGCGAAAAUGGACAAACUUUAUGAAAUGCAUGGGAUGUAUCCAGGUUAUAAUAAUAUGCAUCCAAUGAACAUUCCGACGAAAGUUGAGGGGUCAGGGAUGGCUCCCGACGGAGGAUAUUAUAAAACCUAUACUCCACACAGUACGGCGAGCCUGUGAAAGCUUAAAAUUAACUCUUAGUUGAUAGGCAAAAGUGACUUAAAUGUGACACACACUUAUAGCUGAUACCAAAGAUGUGUUUUUAUCAGGAAAUCAUGUUAUUGUGACCAUGUAAGUCGUAUUUUUACAGGUUUUACAUAUAUGACCAUUUCAUCUUAAGAUUAUAAAUUUGAAAUUUCAAUUUUCUGAAAGAUAAGAGUACGCGGAUUUUUAACAUAAGUUGAAUGCUUUAAGCUAUAUUGCGUCCUCUAGUAGGCCAAUUUCAAUACGAAUCUGUUGUCAUGAGCGGGUGAAAUAUAUUUGAAACCUAAGAUGUACUACUUUGUUAAUGGAUCGAAUAAACCUGUGUUCAUAUUUCAUCAAAGAUUUUACAACGUUUCUCAUAAGUUUCCAACUCACAAACAAUUAGCCGAAACGCUAGUGAAGGACAUUAUGCUAUGAAUAGGACUAUGGAUUCAUUAUUUCGCCCCAUUAUUUAUUCGUACUCAACACCACUUAGCUGUCAUUUUUGACAAGUUUAUUCCAAUUUGUACAUUUCUUUCUUCAAUUUUUCAGUGUUUUUUUCCAUGUUAAUUUAUUUUUAGAGUAGAGUUUUUGCUCAAGAUUCUUUUAGAAUUGAUCAAUUAGCGCGGAUAAUCAUUUGUUUUUUUGUUAUUUAAAGAUAAAAUUAAUGUAACUCUAGAAAUAAGUUACUUUAACAUUUCUCUGGCGUUUAAGGCCAUUUGCAUCUGUUUUCUUUUGUCUUAGAUGAAAAUCUUUAGUGAUUCUAUAACUUUGCUUUAUUUUAUUUUCAUACGACAUUGUAAAAGAUUUAACUGAUCUGUCGGUUUAUAGAUAUUAAAUAUUAUAAAUUAUGAAAUUUAA